GCGAGAGACUCUGACGGAGCGGAGCAACGUCUCAUCUGUUUCAUUUCUCUCUCCUCUCUCUCACCUUCAGCCGCACACACACACACACACACACACACACGGGACUCAGUUUGGGAGAGUAGAAGGAAGAAAGAUUUCAUUUUUAAGAUUAAUAUAGAGCUUGUUUACAGAGAAGGAGGCGGAUGCUCGGCGGUAAACACAUAAACAACCAACGGUGAUGUCACACUAGAGCUGCAUUUCCUUUAAAUCUCCCUGUAACCGCACACCGGCCGCGCACCACCGAUUCAAGAUGGCCGCCACAAAGAGCGGCUCCGAGGGAAAAAUCGCCGGCCUCUACGAGCUGGAUCGCACGUUGGGCAAAGGCCACUUCGCUGUCGUGAAGCUCGCCCGCCACGUUUUCACCGGUCAGCUGGUGGCUGUAAAAAUCAUCGAUAAGACUAAGCUGGACAGCCUGGCCACGGGCCACCUGCUGCAGGAGGUGUGCUGCAUGAAGUUGGUACAGCACCCCAAUGUGGUGCGUCUCUACGAGGUGAUCGACACGCACACCAAGCUUUACCUCAUCCUGGAGCUGGGCGACGGCGGCGACCUGUACGAUUACAUCCUGAGGCACGAAGGCGGAGUCGCCGAGCACACCGCUAAAGUGCACUUCGCCCAGAUCGUGCGCGCGAUCGCGUACUGCCAUCGGCUGCAUGUGGUGCACAGGGACCUGAAGCCCGAGAACGUCGUGUUCUUCCGCCAGCAAGGGACUGUCAAGCUCACUGACUUUGGCUUUAGCAACCACUUCCAGCCCGGAACCAUGCUCGUCACUAGCUGUGGCUCGCUAGCGUAUUCAGCGCCAGAGAUUCUGCUGGGAGAGGAGUAUGAUGCCCCCGCUGUGGAUAUCUGGUCUCUGGGCGUGAUUCUCUACAUGCUGGUUUGCGGACGGCCGCCAUUCCAGGAGGCCAACGACAGUGAGACUCUGAUCAUGAUCAUGGACUGCCGGUAUUCCGUCCCGGAUCACAUCUCCGCGGAGUGUAAAGAUCUGAUCUCACGGAUGCUGCAGAGAGAUCCGUCGAAGCGAGCCCCUCUGCUGGAGAUCGAGUCUCACCCGUGGCUGCAGGGUGUCAAUGCGUCUCCGUCGCCCGUCUCUCCUCACUGCAGCCUGUCUCCUCAGGAGCACGAGCUCAUCCUGCAGGCCAUGAGCUCCGGGAACAUUGCCGACAGAGACACCAUACAGGAAGCAUUGGAGGCUGACCGGUAUAAUCACAUCACAGCCACGUAUUACCUGCUCGGAGAACGCAUCCUACGGGACAAACAGGAGCUGAGUGGUCUCAAUCCGGAGCAAAGAAACCCACAGAGGUCCUUUUCUGAGCCUCUGGAUCUGGUAGAAGGCCGAGGACCUCAGGCUGAUGCCCUCAAAGCCACUUCUUUGGCUGCUGUCACCCAGUUGGGUUCUGCAUCUCCGGGUUUCUCCCGGCGGGGAGUGUGCGAGUCUGGAGAUCUCCUGGCUCCCAAACCCAGCCGUCAGGACACGUCUUUUACUGAUUUUUGCAGUCCCGGCUCUUGCCUAGGUCUCAGUCUCCGCACUGUACCUCCAGACCCGCCUCCGGUGGUCAAACAUCUCAGAGCUUUGCAUCAAAUUUGUGAGGAAGAGGAGGACGAUGAUGAAGAGGAAGAUCAACCCGUAGUACAAUGUAGCAAACCUAGCUUGGUCCCAUCAGCAGCACCCGCUUUGGGGGCUUCUCUCAGACGUUGCUUAACAUCGAAUGUUCCAAGUUUCUCAGAAAAGCAGAGCGGGCAGGAUAAGGAAAAGAGCAGAAGACAUGUGCUUUGUGAAGUCCUAGCAGAGGACGAGGAGUUUCAAGAAGAGGGAGAGACGGUCACAAAUAAUUGUCAAAGGGAUGGCACCAGCAAAAAAACAACAAAAAAUGAGGAAACAGCAUCACAGAUAAGGAAGCACUCAAACAUCUUUAAACAUGAGCACCAAAGCCUUGAGAAACCCAGUGGACCUCCAUCUGCAGUCCAGUUUGAGAAGGAACGCACUAUGGAAAAUGGAAAAGAAGUACAAGAAGUCCUUGGCAGAGCUGUAGAUGAGAGGCAGAUAGGCCAUGAACAGCUAGCUGGGCCUCCAGUGAAUGGCAGGACUGAAGAGAAGAACCACACUGAGGUGUCAGUCACAGCUAAACAUAAAGAACAGAACCACAAUCUUCAAAAGCUGGAUGAACCUCUGAGAGCAACGCACGCUGAGGCUGCCGACACUGAGGAACCAGGCAAAGCAGUGAAAGCCCCAGACACAGCAAAUAGUGAGAGGCAGAGAGACAUUCAAAAGACAGACAGACGUUCUCCAGUGAUCAGGACAGAGGCGACCCAAACUGAGGAACCAAGCAAUGCAGUCAAAGCUUCAGACAGGAGUGAAGAUGAAAGAAACAAAGACAUUCUGAAGAAAGACAGACCUUUACCAGCAGCACAGAUUGAAGAACCCCAAAAACCAGGAAAGACCUCAGACAAAGCUGAAGCUGAGGACCAUAAGAAUCCAAGCUUUCAGAAGCUAGACAGAUUUUCAACGCCACCCAGGCUUGAUCCUGUCCAGUGCUGCUGGGGUCAGAGCGAACUCUCCAAUGAUCCUCCAGAAGACAACAAUAACACCCCGUCUAAGCCGAAGCUGCUUGACACCGAUGUCAUUUCGGCUCCCUGCGUCUCUCCGCGGUUCCUCCCCAAGAAUCACUGCGUGGACCUCAGACCCGAUGGAGUGGAGACCCGCAAGGUGCCUGGAGAAACCGAAAGGACGGAGGAGACGUACAAUAAACCUCAGCAGGGUCAGCGGGGGUCCAGGGACGCCGGCACGGACUCCAACAAGAACAAGAACGUGAAUCUGCGAGAUCGCUUGCUGCAGUUUCCGCUCUGUGAGAAAGCUCUGUCCUUCAACAUCCAGCCCACAUCCAAAGAGAAACUGCUUCCCUUUGCUCAGUAUAACUGUUGUCAUGUGCUAUAGGCAAAACGUCCGGAAGCUACCCAUGUCCUCAAAGCUUGUCAACCGUAUCCUGCUUUUCCUCCCUUCUUUACUAAUGUUUUUUUUUUUAAAAGCACAUCGCACAUCCCUGACUCUUACUGUGAUCUCGGAGGUGCUCUGGCUGAACUUACACAUAGAGUACAGUAGAUCCACAUCUAUUCAUUGUAGACUCACACGUUCUCAUUCCCUGCAGCUUUCCCCGUGUAUAGCGGCUAACAUCGUAGCCUUGCUGUGUAUAUAGACACCAAUAUCUACUUGUGAGAACUCGGUGCCCCUUUUAUUAGAGCUAGCGUAUGUCUUGAGAGUGUAGGAGCCCUGUGAUUAAAACUUGUUGUUUUGCACCGUAGCAGCUUCUCUAGAGUAGAGCUUUAGCUAAAGAGAUGUCAGGCGUGUAGCGGUUUACCUGGGGCAAAAGUUAAAACAGUUUAAACCGGUUUGAGCAAAAACUCCCAUGUGAAAACGAAAUACAACCAAAUAGGCAAAGGAGGCGCAUAACUUACCGGUAACAAGAGUCCUUCCUGUCCGAAGUAUCAUAUUCAUUUCGUUCACGCUCAUUUCGCAUGCACCAGCUAACCUUAGUUAAGACGCACACACUCUUAUAUGUGAAAUGUCUUACCACGACUGGAUGUUGAGUUGCAUUUUCACCACAGACUAUGUCUUCAAUACGAUACUGGAAUACAAGUGGCCUCACGUUGCUGUGUGUAGAAAGAUUUCAUGACGUAUCUAGAAAUCAAGAUGCUAUUAUUGCUAUUGCAAGCCAUUUUCUAAUAUAUUAUAGAGUUUAUAAUCAUGAGUUGCCCACCAGUUGGAGAUGAUGGUGCACUGGUCUUAAUAUGAACUACACCGAUAUACCUGUACUGGGCAACUCUACUAGUUGCUUUAUGACUGGAUUGUUUAAUUCAAGUUCAGAUGUAAGUUACCUCGCAAAUGACCAAGUUGGGAGGAUUACCUCGCAUGGGAACAUGCACACCAAAUGAAAAUAUUGCUAACAGGGAACCCGCGAGCCGUUCCGUUCUGUAUAAACUUAAAAAAAUUUAAUGGAACUGUACUAAAAAAAAUACCUGAUUUAUAGUCUGGCACCGAGCUGGAUAUUCUCAAAGCCUCAGAGCACCACAGACACCUUUAUAACAAAAGGUCUGCAGUAAGCCUCACUAAUAUUUCACAGUUUUCACAACGAUGACAAGUGUCACACUCCUCCUGGCCCCCCGAGCGUGUGUCAGGUUUCAGGAAGCACGAAUGACAUGCGGAGCAUUUGACCACAUAUAGAGUUCACGAGCAUGCUACAUUAGCACUGAUCAAAGUAGUAUUACUAGCCUCGCGCUGGCUGGACCGACCAGGGAACGAUGUAGAACGUAUCUGAGAUACAAGAGCUCGGACCGAGGUUAAAGACGAGAUGAGAGAAGACUGGUCUUCCUGAAGCUAUGUUCUUUAUUUUUAUUGUUUUGUUUUUUUCCAAAUGUAUACAUGGUUAUUCUGAAAAAUGUUAUAUCAGAGUCUUACUAGAGGGAUUGUGGAAACAUGGUGACUUCGUAUCAUCCAUUAUUGUUUUUUUUUUACUUGUUUCACUUCACAUUUUUAUUUAAGAGGACCAUCAUAAUAGAGUGAGACUGACUCGAUUUACAGCUUGUUUGCCUCGGGGCGGGGUGCAUGUUGACUGCUGAACAAGCAGUCUGUCAGUAUAAGCUCUUGGACACAUCUGGACAUGUACAGUGUGUAUAUAUUCUUUUGAGCAUGUGUGCUAUUAUCUAUGUAUAUGCUAUUGCCAUGAUAUUGUGUUUUCACCUUACAUACCGUUUAACAAAACUAGCUCUAGACAUCUAAAAAGUGUGAUGAGACGACAAGUAACAUCCUAAAAAUGUUGUGAGGUUGAACUUUAAUCGCCUAGUACAUCGUCACUUAGUAACAGGCUACGAUUAGAGCAGAUGUUCUCCUGACGCAGAAGUGUUUUGCUAUUUGUAAGUGCUAUCACGUAAAGCUGAAUCGGACAAGAUCUCACGUGUAGGAUUCUAAAUAAUACGCAUAGAGAUAACACGUUCGCACUAACGUUGGUAAUGUAGUCAAAGCAGUAGCGGUUGAUGUUGUUCUUAGAUGAUUCAGUUCCUCUGCAGUAUGAAAGACAAAAUAUUUUUCUCUAACAAAAGAAGUCUAAUGAGACAACCAUAUUUUUUGGACUAUAAGGCACUUUUUCCCCCCAUCAUACAGCACCGUCUAUUACUGACAUGGUUUCUAUACUCUACACUAUAAUUUUUCUUAUUAUUAUAUUCUUGAUAUAUUUCAAUUUAAUGCUAAUGUUUGUAAAAAUAAUAACAAUAAUGUAGUAAUAGAGAUGGUGUAUAUUUAAAUACCAGCACAUGUUAAUUGGGCUUUAGAUGGCGGGUUCAAUUAGAAAUUUAGCUUCCUAUAAAGUAACAAAACAAUUCCAAUGUUAAACUAUGGGGAAAAAUGUCAGUAAUAGCUGCGUUGCUGUUCAUUGCAGUAGGUUAAAGUUUACUCAUUUUUAUAAUACAUCAAAACAAUACAUCGCAGCUAAACAAGUACAUGUAAAAUCUCAAUAACAUUAUCAUUUAGCUAACGUAUUUAAAUAAUGGCUUUAUUUGAUUAUCAUACAGCAAACUUGAAUUUUUCUCCAAGAAGACCAAACCUGGUGUUUGUGUGUGACUUAUAGUCCUGAAUAUACGAUACUGUUUCAUCAUCCAGUCGGAACGUACUGUAGACGUCGAUCUGUCACGUGUGGACAGCCUCUCCUAUAAACCCGAUGGAUACGCUGACCAAACAUCAGCUCUCAAAGGAUGAUCUGAGCUCAUGCUAAAUUGUCCAAAUGUGUAGAGCAUCGUAUCUUUAACGUGUACGGUGUAUUAACAAUACAAUCAUAGUAGAAUCCAUGUAAUACUUCAACUGCAUUUUUUUUGUUAUUAAUAUAUUCUAUAACCAUGAUGCAGUAUAGAUAGGAAAGUUUUUCGGUAACAUUAAAUAUCUAAAGUCUUUACAGAUCUCCAGUGUGACUAUGGCCUUUAGCCAUGAAGUGUUUCAGAGAAAAUUAAAUGUCUAUAGUGAAAAAUGUUUUACUGAAGGUCAAUGCAUUAAUUAAUGCCUCACAAAAGAGGUUUGAUGUUUGGCUGUAGAAGUCUUCAUGACCGCUUUCAUAAGGUUCUAGAGACUAUGAAGUGUAAGGAGCUAUUACCUAAAGGGAUGGUUAAUAAGGGAAAAAAUGCAACUAAUGCACACAGUUUUGCAUAUUUUGACCUUUGCUUUAAGACGAGCGGCGUUCAAGUCAAACCAGGACUUUUGAUUGUUCAAAAUAACAGAACACAGUUGUGAGUGUAAAAACUCUAUUUCACUAUAUAAUCCUGUGCUACACUAAUGCACUUUUCACGGUGUUUCACUAGUGCUUGGAUACCAUCAGGGUAAAAAGUUUUCUCAGUACACUGGAGCCAUGAUCAGACUUCACGUCUGAAACCCUGGCCUCCGGGAACUCCGUGGAGCGAGGUCAGGACUGUACAGAGGAUGUAGCAAAAACUCUUAGCCAAGUUCCUGUAAUGUGCAAGUGGUGUUGGUAAAUGAUUUUGUCACACGGACAGAUUUCGGCUAAGGUUGUCAUUUACGGGUGUACAGGCCUCUUUGAAACGUUAGCACCGUUGUUGAUGUUUUACUGCGACUAAGGCUCUCAUCACCACACUGCACUUAAAGUCUUCUGUAAAUGUCAAUCAAUGUAUGUCUUCAUUCUCGAGAUGAGUGCAUUACAAAGUUCUGGUUUGACUUGAACGCCUCUUGUGUUUAGGCACUGGAGCUUUCAAGCUUUCAACUUUCUAUGUGAUAUCUGCCUCAAAUCUGGUGCAGGUUUUUUUUUAGGUCAUUAUGUUGAAACAUGUUUUUGGACCAUCCUGAAAGGAAAAUGCUGUAUCGGAAAGCUGGCAGUUACGUGGAUAAUAAUAUAGUUCCACUUUAAAUAAAAAAUAAAAAAAAAACAUUUAGAGCAUUCAUUCACAUAGAAGAUUCAGGAUAUGAGGAUCAGCGAAAUACAGAUAACGCACAAACUGUGUACAUUAGAUUUUUUUCCCCCUCAUUGAAUGGUUAGAGUGUGUAUAGGAGAAGGUUGUAAAGCACAAACCUGUACUGCGCUUCCUCACAGACACUUCCUGACUGCAGGCCUGCUCUAAACAUUCGACUAAACCUUUAGAAAAGGGAGAUAGACGUACACAUCGUGAUUACCAUUCCUCACUCAUUCCCCAUUUUAUUAUUAUUUCUUUUCUUUUUUUUCAUUUUCAUUCUCAUUGUCUCGGGUCUCCAGUUUACCGAACGGGGUAGAAUGACAUCUGGCUAUGUCUAGAGUCCCAUUGACCCUUAUUAAAACAAUGACUCUGUCUCAAUGAGAUUAAUUUAUUUUUGUAUUUAUUUAUUAAAACGUAAACCAAA